AUGUGGACGCUGGUCUCGUCGAGCACUACUGUUGCCCCUGGAUCAAACGAAUUCAACUUGCCGAAUGAAGGCAUCGCUCACAUAAUUGUGAGUGCAGAAUCCAAUCAUGCUGAAGUAGUGCGCGGAUUAGAUCCACGCAUGCAACGGGAACUUGGCCGGAUCAUCGCCGGACCUUUUGGAGUCAAGUUGGAAGCUGUCAACGAAAAGUUGACUAUUAUACCUGGUCAAUCACAUACGCCAUCUCCGUCGUUCGCCAAGUUCGAGUUACAGCCACGCACUGACAACCACUCGGAAGCAAUCUUCCUCCGCCAUGGCGACAUACUGAAUCUGUCCUCCUUAGAAUCAACUUUCACCUGCCAAUGGACCGAAUCCGAGGUCCAAGUCGACUCAUCGGCAGUUCCUAAUGCUCGUCGCAUAGCUGAAACUCCAGAAGAUGAAACCGAAGAUGAAGGUUUGACUGAGUCUAAGCCUGUCACCAGAACUGAAAAUCGCCAUUUCCGGCUUCGGGCAACUCCGCAGCUUCCACAACAACAAUCUUUUGUGGUUCAAGAGACCCCGACAGCAGCUCGAGUCAAUAGCGUAUCAGCUUCAUUGGCUGCAGAUAUCAACCCACCCAACUUUGCUAAUGAUACGAGCGGGCCGACAAAAGAGACGCGAACUUUGUCACGUGAACAAGAGCUAGAACCAGAGCCAGUAUCAGAGACCUUUUCUACAGCUCGAACAAGUGAAUCCCAGAACACGAAUGUUCUUCAAUCAACCGAAGUGCCAGCUAUCGAUUCAGUUACGAACAAAACCAGGACUCCACUUCGUACGGCCGACAAAAGUUCUCCGCAAGUACAGAUUCCUCCGAAAUCAACCAAAAAGCGCAGCACUUCCGCUCUGCGAGAGAGUUCGAAGUUUGAACAAGAAACACUCGUAGUGGGUGUCAAACGUACAAAGAUGAAUAACGAUGAAGAUACACGAGAUGCUCGACUGGGCAGCAUUGACACAACAUCCCAAAAGUCUAACAAGAAAGGAAAGAAGCGUCCAAUGAGUACGUCUCGCACGGAAGCACUCGAUGAGGCAGAAAAAGCAGAUUUGAUGCGAUCUCCUCAGAGCACGCAGGAGUCAACAUGCGCCACAACGGAAGCUUACGAUGGGCAUCCACCAAGGGUAGCCUCCAGUAACUCUACCAUUACGAAAUCAAGUCAGGCAGUCAAAUUACUCAAGAAACAAGGAGGAACAUAUGUAGAAAAACUGACUGACGAAUUCAACAUACUAUGUGUCAGAGAUGGCGACCUUCAGAAGAAGACGAAAGUGCUGUAUGCCAUUGCCCGUGGGAUUCCCAUCGUUACGGAUGCAUGGCUUCUGGACUCGGCAAAGGAGGGCCACUUGCUCUCUUUAUCUGCUUACAAGCCUUCCACUUCCAAGCAAGAAGAAGAAUGGGGAUUCAGAUUUGAUGAUGUGUUUGGCCAGCCGCAAACCCCUUUUGAAGGCUAUACUAUUCAUUUCACAAAGAAUCUCAGGGGUGUAUACGAGUCAUUCUCUGAAGUCGUAGCAGUGUGCAAAGCUGCAGGUGCAAAAAACGUUACAUCUACCAGGAUGAAUACAACCGGAGACAACAUUGUGCUUGCAAACAACUACGAAGAUGAUCCAGAAGCACAGAAGUUGAUCAAGGACGGCAUAACAUGCUAUACAAAGGAUCUCUUCACUAUCAGCAUCUUUCGCGGCUAUCUUGAUCUUGAGAGCGACGAGUUCAAGAUAAAAGCACCCAACGCAGAUAGCACGCCAUCGAAAGAGAAAAAGAAAAGAGGCCGAAAGACCAUGUAG